AUGCUUAUCGUAUUCAGUUUGAUCAUCAUACUGUUGUACAGCAUUGUUGCCUUCUCUCACCUUUAUCCGUUCAGGUUUAUCAUAGGAGCGAAACAGCUGAUUUUGACACCGAUCGCGAUUGGCCUGUGCAUAGCUAAGGUUCUGACCUCGACCCUAUUUGGAAUGAAAGCUACCGCUGAGAGAAAUCCGAAAAUGAUGGCCUUCAUUGUGUGGACAUCGCUAAACUUGGCCAUUUUCAACAUUAUAGCAGCGUCGACCAUCCAUGGACGUGUCCUUGGUUCACAGCAAUCGACCCUGACCAAUUCUCUCUGGAAGCUAAUGAUGACUUACGAAUCGAACGAUGAAUGGGCAAUUGAGCAGCUUAACAACUUGCAGCAGGAAUUUGAAUGUUGCGGAGUUCAGAAUCCUCAAAGUUGGCUAGAACUUAUUAGCCAAACUUCUAAAUGGUCUCAGGGUAUUCCGUGGAGUUGUUGUCGGUUAGAAAUGAAAAUCAGUUUACCCUGUUUGCAUUCCAAUUACUACCUGCUGCUUGACAAUCUCUACUUGAACGAGUCAACUAUUUAUGAGGAAGGUUGCGACACUGCCAUCAAUAAAAUGACAAACUCUUGGCUACGUCCAACUGCUUGGGGACUACUAGCAGUCGGAUUUGGUCAAUUGCUGGCGACCGUUCUCAUGACUUACCUGCAAACAUCUCUAAUAGAAAUGUACUUGAACGACAAAGACAAAGCUAAGGGUUACUUAUUCAAAUAUUGA